AUGUCAGAAAUUACAAGACAACGACAUGAGGAGCGUAUGGCAGAGCGUCGCCGGGGGGCAGCAGGAGCCCAGCGAGUAGUUACACAAUCCUUUGGCUUCGAUAUACCCCUAAUUAUCGCGACGCCGCCAGAGGCCCGUGCUCAAAGAGCUGCAGAAAAAAGGCCGAUCCCGACAGUAGAGGAGCCUGCUGAAGCGAAAGACCCUGAACCAGCUGCCGAGGAAUCCCAGCCUAGAAGGUCUGGGAGACUGUCAAGAGGAAGUUCUGUUUUAUCUACCCCUUCGGGCUUGGAUAGUGUGCCAGAUGAAGAUGGCAGUGCAAGGAAACGUCGAAGGGUGUCUAGCAGCCCGGCAAGGAGUGUCUCCUCAAGGGGACGUGUGUCUGCGCCCUUUGAAUCAAGCCCGGAUGUCGUUGCCAACGGUCGACCAACACCUGCUGCAGGCUCAAAUCAGGCGGCUCCAGCGUCGGCGAUGGCCAAUUUGAGCCUAAAGACACCAGUGACCCGGUCGACCGCAAAAACUUCCACACGCCGCUCAAAAUUAGCUCCAGAUGCCUCUCCAAUGCUAUCAUCUCCCUCACCUUUACCACCACGAAGUAGUCAACAAGUCGUUCCGUCUUCUAUCUCUCCGGAGCCGAUGAGUUUCACAGCCGACGUACCUAGUGAAGUCGGCAUUACACCGGAGCCUGCGACACCGCUAGACCAAACAAUUGAAGAAUCUGCAUUAGAAAGUGUUCGGACUACUGGAUUGCGCAGUACGAGACGAGGGGUAUCAACUACGCCUGUGCCUAGAGGCAAGCGAGGGAGGCAACCAAGUUCCGACAUAAUUCAGACACCCGACAAGCCACCCACCCCAGAACCCGAAAUAGAAGAGGAAGGCAUUGUUGAAGAAGAGACCGUUCAAGAGGAACGUCCGGAUACACCCCCGGAAGACCGUGAGAUUAUUGAAGACAAUACCCCCGUUGAAGAAAUACGCAGCGCUCCAAAUCCAAAUCCAACUGCCAGGAGGAGAGGAAGAAAACCUAAGCAGAAAAGACAACUUUCUGCGGAAAUACUUUCCCAAGAUUCGCCAACUCAGGAGAUUGAGAAUGAAGCUAUUCUCAGUGAUGUCGAACCUGAACCAUUGGAAGAUGAGGCCGAUGAAUCUAGAUCAGACAAUGAAAGAGAAGAAACCAGAGCGGUGGAUCUAGAAGAAAUCGAUGAAGACUUUGAGGAGGUAGAAGAGGAUGCGCUCGAAGAAGAGGAAGCGGAAGAAGAGGAAGAAGAGCCAGCUACCCGAUCUGCUUUGAGCACAGCACAGCAAAAGAAACCCACAAAAGCACCUAAACGCCCACGGCAGGCUGGAAAGUCAAAACUCCGACAUGAAAACGGCGAGCCGAAAGAAACACUCGAUAUUACUGUUUAUCGCAUUGCAAAGCAAAAAGAUUUCAACUUCAAAUUUCCGAAACAACCUAACAAUAUUCAAAUUGCUGGCCAAGUUUUACACGAACACAUCGACAAGCAACUCGAAACUCUUUCUCUCCUUAAGCGCGACGGAAUAAGCCGUGAGGAGAAGGCGAGAAUUAAGGUCCAGGGGCAAGUGGUCAUAAACUUCUCGACCGCACUGGAGAAUAGGUUGAUUGGCAUGGCCAGUAGAGCGGAUAACAUCAAGAUGAAAUCGGCAGAGCUCCGACGUUUACAGAAAGAGAAGGCAUCGUUACGGGAUGAGUUGAUGCGCAUGCGUGAAUCGCGUGAAGAUGUUGCACGUCAAAUGGACGCUGUCAGGAAGACACAUGAAGAAGCGUCCGAGAAGGCCCACAAACAACAAUACAUAAAUGAGACUCUACAGCAGAUGGGCCCGAUCUUAGACAAAAGUGGAGCUAAUGCUGCUAAGCUUACCUCCAAGGAGCGUAUUCUAACAACCGCUCAUUUGGAUACACUGAUCGAUACAGUUACUGCGGACCUGUGCGGGUUAGGCGAAGAUGAUGGAAUCGGAGGGGGGAGGAGUAUACUAGAACAGGUCAAGGAGAUGAACCGAUUCCUAGAAGCCGCCACAGAAGUUUUACGUGGUAGCCGUUGA